UGCACAUCCACGCCGCCCCGGAUUUCUAGGAGGAGAAACCGAAACCCGAACCGGGUCAAAUGUAGGCUGGAGCACCGAGAGGCGAACCCGGAGCCCGGCUCGGACAGAGAUGCCGGUUCCGGAUAUUAUUCUGACUGUCAGCUGAUCUACAGAAUGCGGAAGAAGAAACAAACAUGGAGGUACUGGACCGUUUAACAGAACCGGACUGCGUGAAGCUCUGUCACAGGCUGGUGGACGGGCUGUGUGGGAGGGAGCCUCCCCGUCGGGGGGAGUAUGGCGCCUCCUGGAGUCUGGAAGAGUGGCUGCGGCUGCGGGAUUCCCUGACGGCCGUCUUCUGUCGGUCAGUGGGGAGCAACGCUGCAGAUGAGGAGGUUCUGGCUGAGCUGCAGACGUCCUGCAGCAGACACGCCCCCGCCGUGCUGAACGUGCUCAGAGCCCGCCGGCGUGAGAUCCGGCUGGCUCUGCUCGGCAGAACCAACUGCAUGUCCUCAGCCGUGCUGCAGGACUUUGACUGGAACCUGAAGUUGGCGUUAUCCAGCGACAAGAUCUCGUCCCUCAACACGCCACUGCUCAGCCUCAGUCUGGACGUGAGGGAGAACGGAGCGCUGCGGCCCGUCGCCGUGGAGAUGAACAAGGAGGAGCUGAGCGCCCUCAUUAGCUCUCUAGAAGCUGCUAAUAAGGUGAUGCUGCAGAUGAAGUGAUGAAGAUCCUCAGGGUGGAGUUUCUUUCUGAUGGAGUUCCAUCAUCAUCAUCAUCCAGCCUUCACCUCACCGCAGCAUUCAGCAUCACACGAUCCGGAGCUGACGAUGACAUCAGUGAGGAUCCACACAUGAACCUAAUUUCACAUCUGCAGUCAGGACUGCGGGUGAACUAUUCCCAAGAAUAAAGGAGAAAGUGUCACCAUAGAGCUACAGUUAAACAGCACACACACUGAACCUGAUUAAUCAGUAGAACUGAAUCAAGAUGACAAAUAAAUUUAGAAAAACAGAGAACCCCCCCCAAAAAUCCUUGUUUCCUUCAUUGUGACAGGGAGCAGCAGCUCUCAUCACCAGGAUCUUAUGUAAGUCCAGUUUGUGCUGCAGUCGGAACAACCUGCAGCCAUGAAUCCAGUCUGAACCGCACAGGCUCUCGUGUUUGGGAAGUGGGGGGGCAGCUCUAAUGUAUUCCCUGAAAAGCCCCAGCAGAGGAGUUACUUUGUGAGUAAGUGAUGAAGAGCGGCUGACCCAGUUCUUCACUGCAGCUGCAGAAUCUGUGCCGCGCUUGAAACUCCGGUCUUUGUCCCGGAUGUUGAACUGCAGUCAAUAAACCUUUUAUUUUCACCCUCUGA